AUGCUUGUCACCAAAGCCAUUGCCUGUCUCUGCCUCGCAGUCUGCGCCCAGGCCCAAAUGCCCUGGAUCCCACUACCCAAUAUCCCCAUCCCCCGGCCGCCUGCUCCUCCGCCUGCACCUGCCCCAGCCCAAGCCCCGGCUCCGGCUCCGGCACCCGCUCCGGCCCCGGCCCCUGCGCCAGCACCAGCGCCAGCGAUCGACCCCGCGGUAGUGGCCGCCGCACAAACCGUCUGCGAUGGACGCAGUCUGGGCUCCAUUCCUCUCUUCCGGUCUGAUGGGACCCCAUACGCUUGUGGUCCUCCAGCCUGUUACGGGACGAUCCCCUUGUCCUGCUAG